AUGUCCAAAUUUCGCGAAAGUCUCCGCAUACUGACGUUUGUUGGUGUGCCAGAGUCAGUGAUCAAUUGGAAGCCGCGGCUGCCAUCGAGGAAUUGGUGCAUAUUCCUAGGAUUGACGGGUUCGACGACGGCGCUAUAUGCGUACGACAGGAGAGAGACCAAGAGGAUAAUGCAGGAGCACAUGGACAAGGUGCAUCACCUCUCGCAAGAAGCGAUGGGCGGGCCGUCGCAGCUCCCGCGUCGAGUGCACAUCUACGCAGCGCUGUAUCCCGAAUACGACGAGCCAACAGGUGCAAAAUUCUUCAAACAGUACAUGAAGCCUGUGUUGAAUGCAGCAGCUAUAGAUUUCGUCGUAGAGAAGGGCCACAAGCACGGUGCUCUCGCGACGACACUCAGAGAACGCACGCAGGCUCAACGUAGAGAAGCUAUGGGUCUAGAGGCGCCAUCGCUCACUCCGAUAGCUGCGCAGAGCGAGCGCGAUAGAGAAGGCGGCGUUGUCCUCAUAGGUAGAAACACAGUGAAGGAAUACCUCGCUGGGCUCGCGCAGGGCUGGAAGUCUGGUGUAAUUUCGCGCGACUUGCUCGCGGAAUUGUCCUCCAUCAUUCCUGCUCUCCCAAAGCCGGGUGAUGAAGAUACCCUCAAGGAGUAUGCGGAGCUGGAGACGAUUAUCCCAGAAAUUAGCAUUCCAGUGUCUGGCUCAGCCACAGGAGUCGCCAAGUAUUUGACAUCUGCACCGUCAGUUAUCCCCCCACAAGCACCGGUGCUUCUCGUGCCAUUCUAUGAGCUUGUUGGGUUUGCAAAGAUCCCAGAGAUGGUUGCAGGCUUCUUCAAUCACCGCAAGAGCGCCAGUGUGGGGUGUGAGGCGGUUAUGAAGCUCAUAGAUGCAAACGUCAAGCAGGUCGAACCACCAUAUUCAGACGAGGAAGCGGAGAUGGUCAGCUAUGAUGAGCCAUGGAAGCAGCCUCAAACACUCGAGUACAAAGCACAGGGAGGUACACUCUGCGGAUUCGAUGUAGAGUCCGAAGAGAAAAUCAAGAAGACUUUUGAAGAUGUACCAAAGGGGAUUGCUAGGAGGAGAAAGGAGUAUUAUGACAAUCUGGUAGACAAACUCAAAAAAACGCGCCAACAGGCUUCGAGAGAGGUUAAGGAAAGCGAGCGCAAGGAGAAAUCGGAGGAGGAGCUGCAGCAGGAGCGCAUCGCUAAGGAGAAGCAGUUUAGAGAGGACUACGAAGGCUGGGCACUGGCUCGCAAGUACCAGAGAGUCCGCUACGAGCCAUGGAUGAAUGGUUUGCAUGUAUACACUUAA